UCCUUUGCUUCUUUUUGGUAAAGCUUUUCUCUCCAGCUACCAUUGUUUCACAUGCCAGUUUUCUAGUUUAUUUUGCAGAAUUUUGGGCUCUCUUUUUUUUCCCAGUUUCUGCUUCUGGUUACUUUUUGUCUCAAUAAUUCUUCAAUAAGAUUGUUAUGUUUUUUUUUUUCAGAAAUUUAAACUUGAACAAGUGUUUCUGUUUCAAUGAGAACCCAAAACAUAAUCAUAAAGUACAGUUUUGAAUUUACAAGCAAAUUGCAAGUUUUAUCCAUUUCUAAGAACAAUGUUUUGGGAUUGCCUUUCUUUAUAUGUUUUUUUUAGUCAAACCCUCAUUUUAAGUUAAUAAGCUUCCAGAGCUUAAUUUUUAUGAUUCUAACAAUCAAUCCUCUGAAAAUCCAAUUAUUAACAAGUCUAAAAUUGUAUCUAACCUUUUUAAGUUUUCAUUUAGAUUUGGGGAUAAUUGUUUUACUAUGCAGUUUUAUUUUGCAGGGAUCAGGACUAAUUCAAGGGUUUGAUGACAGUUUUUCCAUCAGAAAAACGAGGCCGGAACCGGAACUGCCGACCAUGGACGACGACACCGUUAUCUGCUUGAAAGUUGUGGUAGACAAGACAAAGGAUAGAGUUGUUUUUGUUGAAUCUGAUGACAAGUUUGUUGAUAUUCUCUUCAGUUUCUUGACAAUGCCAAUGGGAACUAUAGUUAGGCUCACCCGGAAUCGACGACCGACAACGAAUAUAGGAUGUAUGAAUAACUUAUAUAACAGCGUCGAGAUUCUCGAUGCUCUGUAUCUUCGAACGAAAGCCUGCAAGACCAUGUUGCUGUACCCGCGAAACGGAGCAGCUGCUCAAUGCAAGAACCUGAAACUGGCAAUCCAUGAUGGUGCAUCCCUAAGAUAUUUUCUUUGCUCAAGGACUGGUUGUCGCAAUUCAGGUUAUAAGUUACUAAGUCAUUAUCCAGAUGCUAUUUGUUGGUGCGGAGAGCGAAUGUAUUCGGCAGAUUUGGUCGAGAAUAAAACUAGGAGAGUAAGUUCUGAUGACAAAGACCGAGGAGUGUUUGUCAAAGGACCGAUUCGACUGAUGAUAAGCGAUGAAUUGCGUAUAAUGCCUCCAUCAACUGCGGCAAGCUUUUCUCUGUUUUCUGAGCUUGGGAUCGAGGACAUGAGUGUCGUCGAUGAUAGGACUUUUUCGAUGGGAAAACUCGAGGCUUUAAACUUGCUCAAGUGUUUGCUAGUAUCAAAGACACCUUUGACUGAAGCUCUGUUAGAUCAUAUCCCAGUUCUUUCGCUAAACGAUACCGAAGAUCUCGAACGGGUAAGCAUCGGAAGACUAAAAGGGGAGGCAUCGAAUGAGGAUGGGAAGAUGUAUGUGAAACUCAUGGUGAGUAAAUCCAAGAACAGGGUUUGCUAUUGUGAAGCAAGUGAAAAUUUUGUUGAUUUGCUCUUUAGUUUCCUCACUGUUCCACUCGGUUUUAUAGUAAAAGAAAUGCAAAAGGGCAGUUCAACAGGCUGCAUAAAUCACCUAUACGAUAGCAUUCAAGAUCUUGAUGCUAGGAACUAUUUAGUAUCCAAGGAUACAACCGCAAUGCUGACCAGUCCAAAGCUUGCUCCUGGUUUUAGAUAUGAAGGGCAAGCAUUAGACAUUGAAGAAUACAUGCAUCAACCCUACUAUCUCACACGGUCCCAGAACAUACUAAUGCCAACUUCAGAUGAGACACUUAUCCCUCCCGGUGAAACGGUUUAUUCUUCGGCUUUAACUGUCAUGGACCCAAAGUCCCAUCACAAUGACAAUUCAAGUAGUACUGGGUUCAUAAAAGGACCUGCAAUGUUCACCAUAACAGAUGAUCUCAUCAUAUCUCCAUUGUCCUCAGUCACAGGUCUUUCUGCUGUAAGGAAAUUGAAGAUACCUUUCACGGACAUCGAAGAACGAGUCGUGUAUGUUGGCAAAGAGGAAGCUUCAUGUCUAAUGGUGGCUGCUCUCAUCUCUGAAUCCGCUCUGACAAAUACCUUUCUACUUAAAGAGAUGGAGCAAGGAUCUUAAUCAAGUGCAAUUUCAAUCCAGAAUCAUCCAUGGAUACAAUGUUUGCUGUCAGUUCAUGCUUUAUUGUGAUCUUAAUGCAUAUAGGGGCUUUUUUUUUAUCAAAAUAAUAUAAAAAAUUUUAUUUACAUGGUUGUGGAUUAUUUAUGAAAUUGGAUGUUUUCUAUUGUGUUU